UCCUCGCUCUUCUCUCCUCUAGUUCAAAUUCCAAUCGUCAAUAAAAAUCAGCAGCUAAAAAAGAAUCCGAAAAAAAAAGGAAAAAGGAAAAAAUGGCGGACGGAGGUUUAACAAUUUUGGACGGAAAUCAACUGAAAGCCGUGGACUUGAGUCUGCCGUCACCUGACGGCGCCGUUACCGGAGCUCAGCUCUUGGAGUUGGCAGAAUCGAGAGUCUCCGCCUUUCUCUUCGGCCUCGCAUUGCCGGAGAACCUCAAGUCCGCCGUUCUCCGCCGUCUCGAAAUUGGCGAUGACUUCAGUAGCUUCAGCGCUAAGGAGCUAGAUCGCGAGAAUGCCUCCUCUUUUCUUCAGAACUACGUCUCGAUUGCCGCUGAUGAACUCAAAGAUGAUCCGAUGGUCUUGUCAAUUUUGGAUGGAAAGGCGCUUCGAAUAAUUUUGGAGGAUGAAGAUGAUUUUGCGAUGUUGGCUGAGAAUCUUUUCACAGAUUUAGACAUAGAAGAUAGAGGAAAGAUUAGGAAGAGUGAGAUACAGAAUGCUCUUCUUCAUAUGGGCAUUGAAAUGGGAGUUCCUCCCUUUGCAGAGUUUCCUCGACUAAGUGACAUUCUGAAGAAGCAUGGAGCUGAAGGUGAAGAAGAAUUGGGGCAAGCACAAUUUGCACAGCUAUUGCAGCCUGUGCUCCAAGAACUUGCAGAUGCUCUUACUGAAAACCAUGUUGUUGUCGUACAAAAUGUGAAGAUCAUUAACGGAUCUCAGCUGCGCAAGGUUCUGGCUAAUGAAAAGCUCUUGAAUGAUGUUGUGGACAAACUGAUACAGGAAAAGAAUGGCCAAGCAGAUGCCAAAACAACCAAAGAGUUGAUAAGGUCUUUUCUUCAGAAGAAUGGAAAGGAUUUGGGAUUGCCACCUCUUAGAGCUGAUGAGAUGGUAGUUCUCCUUUAUGAUGCGGUUUUUGCUGAUGUCGAGGAAACAAAAAAUACUCCAGGAUCAGAAGAAAACUUCAUGGUUGUCUUGAAGGAGAUUCUUGUGAGAUUCGCAGAGCAGCUUGAAGCCAAUCCAGUAUUUCAUGAUCUAGGCAUCUGAACUAGUGAAGAUAUCCAUCUACUUUACCUUCUACUUCAUGAACUUCUCUUUCAUAUUGUCCUUACUGCUUACCCCAAACUUUCGGCACAAUAUACACCAUUGUUAAUGUCGUAUAAGGAUAGAAACUUGUAAUCCUAAUUUCUGAGCUGGAACUCUAUAGUAUCUUAAAAGUAACCGGUGGUGUAGAUUUUCAUGAAUAUACAUAUGUUUCGUGUGAUUGAUACAAUGAUACAGAGUAUGCAGUUGACUAUCA